CUGAGCCAACAUUUUAAUUUCUUUUUCUAUUUAUUUAUGCAUUUUUUUUUACUGUUCAUAGAUACACUCUUCCCAGAUUUUUUGGCAAAGGAUUGAACUGCAAGUUUUUUUUUGUUUGUUUUUUCAUUCUAGAACCAUUGAUGGAUAAAUACAUAUUUUUGAGGAAUUAAUUUUUCUCUAUAUUUAACAGGGGAAAGAAGGAAUGAAUGAAGUUCCCUUUCAUUUCAAUCCAGUGAGCUAUUUCUUGUGAUUGUUUCCUUUUUUCUGACUGAUAUCGAGGCAAGCUGCAGAGAUUUCCUACAUUAUCUUCCAAUGCAUAAAUUAAAGAAGAGACCUCAUUUUCUGAUGCUGUGUUUUUAAAUGAAUGCAAUUACCAGACAGCUUCCAGGCCUCCUAAAAGAGCAGUGUUCAGACAAGAUCAACCACACCACAGCUCAUCCUGAUGGAUUGUUUUAACAUCACCAGUGGAAAUAAAGUUGAUUAUACUGUGCCUCUAACGAUCCUGGUGGGUAUCCUCAUUUUGAUAAUUGUUUUUGGCAAUGUCCUGGUUGUAAUCGCUGUGAUCACGAGUCGGGCCCUGAGAGCUCCGCAGAAUUUGUUUUUAGUGUCCCUGGCGUGUGCAGACAUCCUGGUCGCCACUCUUGUGAUGCCAUUCUCUCUAGCAAAUGAAUUGAUGGGAUACUGGUACUUUGGGAAAGUAUGGUGUGAAAUCUACUUGGCUUUGGAUGUGCUCUUCUGCACCUCAUCUAUUGUUCACCUUUGUGCAAUAAGUCUGGACAGGUACUGGUCUGUUACUCAAGCGAUUAAGCACAACUUGAGAAGGACACCAUGCAGAAUCAAAUGCACAAUCUUCAUAGUUUGGAUUCUCGCAGCCAUAAUUUCAUUCCCCCCACUUAUCACAAUGAAGAAGGAUGAGGGUAAAGUGGACUGUCCGGUGUGUAAAAUUAAUGAGGAGAAAUGGUACAUAAUAUUCUCCAGUAUCGCCUCUUUCUUUGCUCCCUGUGUCAUUAUGAUUAUGGUAUAUGCUAGAAUCUAUCAGGUUGCCAAGAAGAGAACACGAACCCUGCCAGGAGAAAGGCACAGAGAAAAUGGCAACAUGCAGGACAUAAAAUAUGACUUGGACCCCCUGGAAAGAAAAGAGGCAGAAAAAGGAGACGAAGAUCAAGGAAAGGAUGGGGAGGUUAACGGGGUAGAUGUGGAGGAUGAAGCCUCCUCGUCUGAUGGCAAUGAAACCGCUCUCUGCUCCCUGAAGAGGAAGAGAGGUCUGAGAAUGAACAAAGUGACUGAAGUGAAGCCUGGAGAAACCUCCCCAAAGCCAGAGGUGCAGCCCUGUAUGAGAGCCAGCAAGUGGAAAGGAAAGCAGUACAGAGAGAGACGCUUUACAUUUGUACUGGCUGUGGUCAUGGGAGUGUUUGUUCUCUGCUGGUUUCCCUUUUUUUUCACAUACACGCUCACUGCUUUAUGCGACAAGUGCAAGGUCCCAGAGACAUUGUUCAAAAUGUUUUUCUGGUUUGGUUACUGUAAUAGUUCACUUAACCCUGUUAUAUACACUAUAUUCAAUAAUGACUUCAGACGGUCUUUUCAGAAGAUCCUUUGUAAACAGCAAAGAAGAGGAUUGUAACAAGGAAGGUGGAAAUAUCAUGUUCUAUAUAUAAGAAGAUAUCUCAAUAAUACUUACAAUAUGUGAAUAUGUUAACAUUUGUAUACAUCCCUAUCAGUAUAGUGUUGUUUUAUGAUAUCAUAUCAGCUACUGUUACCCAAUAUGUUACUUAUAUGAGUCUCAGUUUAAGAUUUUACAACUGUGAAAACAUGCAUGGUACAUUUACUGUAUGUGAUAAUAUCUAAACUCACUAAACUUUUCACAUUUCAUUUGAUGCUUGAUGUUAAUUUCAUCGUAAAGGUGAGGGUCUGACAGCCUGAUUUACAUAAAGAAAAGCGUUAAUGUUACAAUUCCUUCCAUAAAAAUAAAUAGGCAGCUUCAUUUUUCUGAAUGCAAUGAUGUAUUUUGAUAUUUGGAGUGUGAACUAAACUAAAGGUUCACAUAUACUAUUGUGACAGCAUUUAGGUCUAAUUGUGCUUCUAUGGACACAAUUUCAGUGUUUACCAGUGUACCAUCAGACUGUAUUAUAUGUAAAUAUCGUAUAACCAGUGUAAGGUCAGACAUUUUAUAAACCAAAUCAUUUAACUGACUAAGUUUCACUAUCAUUCAAAAUGUAAUUAUGUGUUCAAGCAGGAAUCAUUUUCUAAAGGUAAUGAAAUGCCAAAUGAAGCCUCUCCUUGUUUAAUUGCCCCCAGAAUCAAAGCAAAAAUUAUAAACAAGGAGGAGAUAAUUGCAAAUCCUGCAGAUACAAAAAAGAAAAGCUUGCAACCUUUUACUUUUGCCAUUAUUGUACCACUGUAGGGGAAUUUACAAAUAAUAUAAUAUAUGUUAUCCCCAUACCACCCACUUUCUCCUUUCCUCAUAAUAGCAGCAACUGAACAAGACAAUUAUUUGAAAAGAAAAUUACACCCAGGAGGUAGGGAUGGCACAACAAUAUUGAAUGCAGUUUAUCAUGAAUUAUAGCCCUUCAUAUCAGGAUAUUAUUAAAUUGUUCCCUAGAGUCAAACAGAAAUCGUGGAGAGAUAGAAAUAUGAGUGGCUGCUGCAAAUUACACGCUGAAGUUAAUAUCCACAUAAGAUUGUCAAUGUGUUGUUCUGGACUGUUCACAGUAUUCCCUCUAUUCUCCUUUCUGGCUUACAAUUUAUACAGCUGUUUUACUUCAUAUAUAUGAAAUAAAUGAAAGACAAAAGGAUUUAUUGUGACUGGUAUUAAUCUGUGACAGUGAUUUGACACUAACUGUACCAGACUCUCAACUUUUCCUCCCAUCACCUCUUAUGUUACAGCAAAUAACAAAAUGAUUCCCAUGACUUCCUUUCUGGGACCUCUGGUGUUUUGAAAUUCCUGUGGUACACAUGUUUGGUCUCAACCAUGUCUCUGGGUCUUAAAAUACAACAUGUACAGUAGUACUUACCACAAAUGGUAACAACAACUAAUGAUGAUAAAGUUCCCACAAUGAAUCUUAGAUGAGAAAUGUGGGGAAACAUAGAUAUUUGAGGGUUUGUGGUAAUGAGAUAAAUCCAUUUCUGUAAAUUUGCUUUGUGAGGUUGUGAACACUGAAACUGACACAAUAAA